AUGCAGCUCACCUCCCUUACUAUUGCCACUCUCCUAGCCACUGCAGGCGCAGUCUCCAUCUACAAGCCCGCCGCCGGCGACCGAGUCGACGUCUCCAAGGAGUGGCAAGUCUGCUACAAUGCCGUCAACACCGAUCCCCAACAAUUCUGCCUCUACCUCACCAACUUCGUCGAAUACCCUCCGCAAAUCAUCGAUCUGCUCAACCGCCAGCCGGUCCAGCGGGACGCGGGCUGCGUGACCAUUCCCGGCAAGUGUUAUCCAGGGCUGCGGACGACAAUUCCGUAUCGCGUGCGGGCGGCCGAGUGCGCGGAUCCGAAUACGAUCUACGCCGAGUCCGGGGAUUUCUGGCCGUAUCAGUCCAAGUGCCCUGCGACGACUCUUACUAGGGUGGCAAGGGAGUGA